UCAAGUUUUAUAUUUCAUUUAAUUUUCUAUUAAAUUGCAUCUCAUUUCAGAUAGUGUUCAUUAGAGACGAUUGUGGUUUGGAUUCAUUAAUUACAAUGUGGGAUAUUUCUAUGAGGAAAGGAGAGAAUGUCUUCCGAUUCUAUGAUUGUCUUAAAAGUUUCAUUAUCUCAAGAAUUUGAUGAAAUGGCCAAUAAUUCCAAUCAAUCCUUUGCUUUUGAAAAUGAAGACGAUCUUCAGUUUUAUGGCUCAGAAUUGACGCGAUUUUCCAACUUUUAUCGACCAAUUCAUGGAUACCUGAGUUUAGCGGUCUGUGUGUUUGGUAUUAUCGCAAACGUACUCAACAUUAUUGUUUUAACUAGGAAGAAUAUGAUCUCAGCGACCAAUUCCAUACUGACAGGGAUGGCGGUGUCGGACAUGUGUGUCAUCGCCUCUUACAUUCCGUUCGCAAUCCAUAACUUCAUCAGAACUGAAACGGACGAAGAGGUGGUAAACGCGUACGGGUGGGCCCUCUUCACCCUAUUUCACGCACAUUUCACUGUCAUCUGCCACACCAUCUCUAUCUGGUUGACAGUGAUUCUCGCCUUUUGGAGAUAUCUGGCCAUUAGGUCUCCGCAAAAUAGUAAGACGUGGUGUUCAAUGAAAAGAGCCAAAUACGCCAUACUGUGCGCCUAUAUAUUAGUACCCUGCUCAUGUCUUCCCCUAUUCUUGUCGUUUACAAUCAGUGAAUUUGAUAUCGAGAGUAAACCAAAUCAAACAUUUUUUCGGAACAAGGUGGACUUCAGUUCAAUAGCCAUACAAAACGACGAAUUGCUACAAAAGCUGAACUUCUGGGUGUUUAGUGUACUCCUAAAACUGAUUCCCUGUGUUUUGCUAACAAUACUGAGCUUAGCGUUGGUUCGCGUGUUGGUUGAGGCAAACAAAAGGAAACAAAGACUCCUUUCAUCCAAUAUUCCGAUGAAGAAUCACAUGAAGAAUGACUCAAACUCUUUGGUGACGACCAAUACAUCGCCGAAGAAUAGCUGCGAAAAAAGCGCUCGUAAUGCGAGUCAACAGAGCAGUGAUAGGACCACCAAAAUGUUGAUCGCAAUACUGAUCAUGUUUUUGGUUUGUGAGUUUCCAUCCGGAAUAUUAGCCCUUUUGAGCGGAAUAUUCGGCAAAAUAUUCUUUAAUAACGUUUACAAUAAAUUCGGUGAUUUGAUGGAUAUGUUGGCAUUGAUUAACUCAGCCGUCAAUUUCGAUAAUAUGAGACAAUCCUACCAUUUAACCCAAUCGUUCAACGCUACCACUUGUAAUACGGCGUGUGUCUGA